AUGGCCCGCACCGUCCUGAUUACCGGCUGUUCCGACGGUGGCCUCGGAGCCUCCCUCGCCCUCGCCUUCCACGCCGCCGGUCUAAAGGUCUACGCCACGGCCCGGAACCCCUCCAAACUAGACCAAGUCACAUCUGCCGGCAUCGAAACUCUCACGCUGGAUGUGCUGUCUAGCGAGUCGAUCAAGAACGCCGUGAAUAAGCUUCCCAAUCUCGACAUCUUGGUCAACAAUGCCGGCGCCGAGUAUCUCAUGCCCGUAGCCGACGUGGACAUCGCCGACGCUAAACGCUUAUUCGACUUGAACGUCUGGAGUUAUAUCGAGGUCACGCAGGCGUUCUUGCCUCUGCUGCUAAAGAGUCCCCAUGGCGGUUUGAUCGUCAACCAGUCCUCUGUGGGCUCUGUCGCCGUACUGCCAUUCCAGGGCGUGUACACGGCAUCCAAGGCCGCUAUUGCCAUGCUGUCUGACACCCUGCGGCUCGAGCUGGGCAUUUUGGGGAUCACUGUUGUCGACUUGAAGACUGGGGUGGUGCGCUCCAACCUGAUCAAGAACCAAAAGGAGGCAAAGCCGCCAACUCUUCCAGAGAAUUCGAUCUAUUAUCCAGCGCGCGAGGUGGUAGAGAAGGCAUUGAGUCAGGAUGCUUUUGCUGAAGGAGGGAUGCCGACUCUGCAGUGGGCAACGGCUGUGGUGGGUGAUUUGCUGAAGAAGAAGCCGCCCCAUGUUAUCUGGAGGGGAGGGCAGGCCUGGAUUGUGAGGCUGAUUAGCGUUCUGCCAUUUGGGACGUUUGAUGGGAUGCUGAAGAAGUUGACGGGGUUGGAUGUCGUGGAGCAGAUUAUGAAGGUUGGAGCAUGA